UGUGAUGGAACAGGCCAGAUGACUACAGAGCGGUAGAGAGCGAGCAGCUGUAGACUGACUCUAUUGCGUGAAUGAGCUUUUACCACAGAGACGCUUUCAGUGAACAAAUUGAUUAGGAAGAGAAGGGUGUUCAGGGUCACUAGGAAAUAACUGAAGUUGGAAAGGACCAUUAAGUGGUGAACAGAGCAGAGUGAGACACCUGUUCAAGAUGAGACUGAGCUUGGUUUGUUCCUCUUGUUGACACUCAUUCUUCCCACUUAGCCAGGUUCUCAUUAUAAAUUAAUUGGGUGGAACUGACAUGUGUUCAGACUCAGUUGGGAGGGACUGACUUUAUCCUGACUUCUGUCUGACUGCGACCUGUUGGACUCUAGAUAUGACACAGAAUGGUACUAUGACUAGCAAUGGCAACGCUAAGAAGGGAGAAGAACUAAAAAUUGUUAUUGUGGGUGAUGGGGGAUGUGGGAAAACAUCCCUUCUAAUGGUGUAUGCCAAAGGAGACUUUCCAGAGAAGUAUGCUCCGUCUGUGUUUGAGAAAUAUGUCACCACGGUCACGUAUGGAGGGAAAGAGAUUCGGCUCAACCUCUAUGACACAGCCGGCCAAGAUGAUUACGAUCGUUUGAGGCCACUCUCAUACCAGAAUGCCAACCUGGUGUUAGUUUGUUAUGAUGUGACCAACCCCACCAGUUUUGAAAAUGUCUUAAUCAAGUGGUACCCGGAAGUGAACCACUUCUGUCACGAUGUUCCUGUCAUUCUGAUUGGCUGUAAGACUGACCUGAGGAAGGAUAAGGAGCGUACCAGGAGGCUCAAAGCCAUGGACCAGGCUCCCAUCACUUACACACAGGGUGAGGAGACCAGGCGGCAUAUGAGUGCUGAGCUUUAUCUAGAGUGUUCAGCCAAAUACCGGGAAAACGUAGAGGACAUUUUCAGAGAUGCCACCAAAAAAGCCCUGGCAUCAAGCCGCAGAGCAAGACAACGUACGAAGAAGAGGCAUUGUGUCAUCCUGUGACCUCGUUCUAGUGAAAGGACAGAGGCUUGAAGUCCAUUGACACAACAGGGGACACUGUCCUCUGGUCUUACAUGCCAAAGCUACACAUUCUGCUGCUUGUCUAUUAUAAACAACUGCUUGCCACAUCCUGGGUCAUCCUAAUUCAAUUUCAAGAAGAGCCUGUUCUAUCCCCAACCAAUUCAUGCCUUUGGUAUCUGAACAAUGAUAUUGAACACUGAACUAAUAUCUACUAAGAUCUGCUAGGAUAGAGAUGGAAUUCCUGCUAGUUCUAUGGGCACAAGGUCUAUCCUGGGAUUCUAGAGUGGUUUUGUUAAUUACUAGCUACGUUAGACCAGGGUGUAAAUUGGCAUAUAAAAGCAGAUUGAGAUUGUACUUCAUAUACCUUUUUUCAAAUAUCCUUUUAUCAAUUACUGAAUUUCUAUUUUUACUUUUAUAAAGAACUUAUGCCUUUUGUGGUGUUUAUUUUUUAACAUCUCUCACGAUCAUUGAGUGGUUGAUUUGUAAAACAUUUUUUUAUAGCAGUUCCAUUUCUAGGACGAGGCACUGACCUACUUAAUGUACUGUGUUACCUUGAAUAACUCUUCCUCACAGCUCUGGUCCACUGAUCACUAUCACCUGGCAAGAUUUGUUUCAGGAAGUUGUGUUAAUGGAUACCUACUCAGGGAAAAUAUCCAUUACAUAUGUUCAUGUAAGCGGCUUAUCCCUUCUGCAGUGGAUGAUAAGUACUAAUCAGUGACUGUGCUUACUAAGCAUGUUGAUACACAGUGCACCAUCUUCUGAGUACAAUGUGAUGCUGCACCUUUUAUAUUGUCAGGUCAAUUUACUACUGUGGUUGAAAGCUGUUAGAAAUGAGCUCCUUUCAAAGCUGGAGUCUGGACAAAUAUUUAUUGCAGGUCACUAAGUUAAAUGACAGUGCCCACUAGUGGUGGUUGCUAUAAAGAAAAAAGACAAGGCAGUGUUUCCUACUUAGAUAACUGAAUAAUAUGGACAUGCUGAUUGAUAUGUUUAGGAAAGAAACACAUCACAUGAUUUUCUAGCUGUAAAAUUACAUUACACAGAGCCAUAUAUAUCCAUGUAUGUAAAUAAAUGGCUCUGACAUAAGUACAUUGCCCCAAGAGGGAACAGCUACAAUCAAGCGAAGCUGAUUCAAUAUUAACAUAAGUCAUGUUGAAAAUAAAUCAGCCCAAUCAAUUAAAUGCCACAACUAAACAUAAUGAAAAGACAUGACAAAAUAUUUGAAUCAGAUGUUUUAUGUCUUACAGCCAUGUAUACAGUGUGAAAAAGCAGUAAGAGACAGCAUAAAUUAAAUGAUUUUGUCCAGUGUCUCUUGUUACAGGUGUACGUUCAGGCACAAGUUAGUCUUAUGACAGGACAAUCCAUGACAUGAACAUUAAACCAAACUAACAAUACAUGAGGAAAUAGGAUCUGUUG